AUGUUUGAUAUUGAAGAAGGAAGCUGUAGAUUUCAGGAGGAUAUCAACGGACUGGUGAAACUGCAGGAAUAUUUAGUGAUCCUUGUUUCACACCCGCUUUUUGAAGGGGUGAUUACUAUCUGCAUCCUAAUAAAUACUCUUUUGCUGUCAAUAGACUACCAUCAAGCACCCUAUUCACAUGCCCUAGAAAGUGGAAACACUGUUUUGUCAAUUAUUUUUAUAAUAGAAGCUAUUCUGAAGGUGACUGCACUAAAUCCUAUGCCCUAUAUGAGAAAUGGAUGGAAUGCAUUUGAUUUUAUCAUUGUUCUGCUGACAUGCUUAGAAUGGAUACUUUCCACAGUAAAUAUUCCAACACUUAAACUUUCCAUGAUACGAUCACUGAGAAUGCUUAGAGUCUUCAAACUAGCAAAAAACUGGAAAACACUGAACACAUUGAUCAACAUCAUAUUCAAAUCUUUAAAAGAGAUGGGAAAUCUGACACUUAUCGUCAUCAUUGUGAUUUAUAUAUUCACUGUAAUAGGAAUGCAGCUUGUUGGACAUGACUAUGAAAAUAAAGUAAGUAUGUUAAAAAGCAACAAAAUACCAAGAUGGAACUUCAGAGGCUUUUAUAAUUCCUUUAUAAUGGUCUUUCGAAUCUUAUGUGGAGAAUGGAUUGAACCAUUAUAUGAUUGUAUGCGCUGCUCAAAGAUGUACUUUUGUCUACCACUAUUCCUGCUUACGUACAUAGCUGGAAACUUCCUGGUGUUAAAUUUGUUCUUGGCUCUUCUUCUCAAUUUCUUUUCUGGGGAUACACUAACUGCAAAUACAAAGAAAGAAAAAACAACUUCAUAUAAAGAUUAUAUUAAGAGCUUCCUGCUUUUGCUAACAUGCCAAAAACGAACUAAAUCAUCUUUGGGCAAAAUACAGCCAGAUGAUCAAAAGGAUAUUUCAGAAACAGACAAUGCUCGUUCUUCUAAUGAUGUCCCUUUACCAGACUGCAGCAUGAAACAUCAGAUGAGUAUGCAAAAUGAAAUUAACUUGUCAAGCACUGUUGAGUCAACAGCUUUGCCAACACUCUCAAAUAGUGCUGAACUCCCUUCAAUGGGCACAAAUCAUGUGCCUACCAUCAGUGCUAUGUGUGAUCCAGCUAUUGGUGGACGGAAGUAUGAAAAUGGAUCGGCAGUCUUGAUGCUCGAGACAGUGGAGGAAGUGCAGCAGGAGGUGGAACGUGAACUUGAUCAUCCAUAUGGGGACACAAGUUGCCCAGAAAAAGCAGAGCAGUCAAAUGAUAAAUCUGUUAAUGAAGAUAAUAAAACAGAUGGUGAGAAUCCUCCAUGCUCCAUUGAAGAGGAAGGCAUGGAGGAUGAAGAACAAAAAACAGAAGUCAAAACAAUGCAGCCUUGCUUGCCAGCCAUGUGCACUGAAAAAUGCAUUUGUUGUAAUGUACUUAAAACGACAUUCUUGGGAAAGCUCUUCCUUUCACUGAGAACACUGAUGUUCAAAGUGGUGAAUAAUCGAGUGUUUGAUGGAAGUGUACUGUUUGUCAUACUUUUGAGUACCAUGACACUGACUUUAGAUGAUAAAUACUUACAAAAAGAUGCAAAAGUCCAGCUGGCACUGCGGUACCUGGAUUACUUUUAUGCCUUCUUUUUCAAUUUUGAAAUGAUUGUUAAAGUGCUAGGCCUUGGUCUUACUGACUAUUUUACAAAUGUCUGGACGUUACUGGAUUUCUUCCUUGUUGUGGUAAGUUUGAUUAACUGGAGUAUAAUUAUGUUAGGCAACAGCAUUCAAGCCUUCAAAUCACUGCGAUCUCUCAGAACACUGCGUGCUUUGAGGCCUUUGCGAGCCAUUUCUCGUUGGGAAGGAAUGAGGCUUGUUGUUAACGCUUUGGUUGCUUCAAUACCAUCAAUUUCUAAUGUCAUGUUCGUAUGUCUUGUAUUCUGGCUGAUAUUUGGCAUUGUCGGUGUUCAGAUCUUUGGUGGAACCUUCUUUCAAUGUGUGGAUCAAAAUAAUGACCGUCUUCCCAUUAGUAUUGUAAAUAAUCGAUCUGAAUGUGAUGCAUACCAAGAUAUCGGAUACCAAUGGGUCAACCCCAAGAUUAACUUUGAUAAUGUAUUAGCUGCUUACAUGGCUCUCCUGCAGGUGGCAACAUUUGAGGGCUGGCUAGAAAUUAUGGCAAAUGCUGCUGACACUCGUGGGAUCGACCUUCAGCCCGAAAUGGGUGCGAACCCAUACAGCCUCUUCUAUUUUGUAGCUUUUAUUGUAAUUGGAACUUUUUUCACACUGAAUCUUUUCAUUGGUAUAAUUAUUGAUAACUUUAACACGAUGCAUAAAAGGGUGAAAGGAGCUUUAGUUACAGUUCUAACUGAAGAUCAAAGAAGGUUUUAUGGCACACUUAAGCGUCUGUUUAAGACUAAACCAAUUAAGAAAAUUCCAACUCCUAAGAAUGUGAUUCUUUACAAGUUCUACAAGUUAGUGAGCCAUAGAUGGUUUGAACCAUUCACCAUUUUCUUAAUAACAUUGAAUGUGCUGGUGAUGGCAUGUGAUCAUUAUGGACAGACAAAACGAUUCGCCUUAGUUUUAAAUUGGUUCAAUGUAAUAUUUGCAGCUCUAUUUACAGUUGAAGCAAUUUUAAAACUGUUAGGCCAACGCCAAUACUAUUUCACUCAAGCCUGGAAUAUCUUUGAUUUUCUAGUCGUCGUUCUUUCCCUUGUAGGAAUUUUGUUAGAUUCAUCCGCAUCCAAAAAGCAAGGGGUUUCUCCAACUAUUUUACGAGUGUUCCGAAUUGUAAGACUGGCACGGUUGUUGAGGUUGGUCAGAUCCUUGAAAGGGAUUCGGAAGUUGCUCUUUACGUUAGUGAUAUCAAUCCCGGCUCUUUUCAAUAUCGGCCUGCUCCUCGGCCUCGUCAUGUUCAUUUAUUCAAUACUGGGGAUGAGUUUGUUCCGAGACCUUCCGAGAGAAUCACCAAUAAACGACAUGGUAAAUUUCGAAACUUUCGGAAACAGUAUGAUGCUUCUGUUCAGACUGACAACAGCCGCCGCUUGGAAUGAGAUUCUUCACGUAAUGAUUAACUCCCCUGUUCAGCGUCAGUUUGUAUCAUUCACCUACAUGACAUCGUACAUAGUGGUCGCGUAUAUCGUGAUAAUCAAUAUGUACGUCGCUGUCAUUUUAGAAAACUUUCACGAAGCCCAAGAGCAGGAACUCGCCGGGGUGACAGAUGAAGACGUGGACAUGUUUUACGAGGUCUGGAGUAAUUAUGAUGUGAAGGCUACACAAUUCAUCACAUAUGACCAAUUAUCGGAUUUCCUAAAUGAACUCAAAUCUCCUCUACGAAUACCAAAACCUAACGCAGUGAAAAUUGCGGCUCUCAACCUACCAUUAUCUGAUGGUAACAAGCUGCACUGUCUGGAUGUGCUGGAAGCUCUCAGUGCUGUAAUCGUUGGCAAAGUAACGGAGUCAGAGCCCCUCAAGAAGCUCAAUGGAGAAGUUUAUAAAAUGUCAAUGAAAGUAUUCCCCAUUCGGAGCACUUUGGAAACGAUCACGACCACAUUAAUGAUACGAAAGGAAUUCAAGGCUGCUUUAACCAUCCAGAAAGCAUUUCGAAAGUGGAAAUUACGUCAAAACAAAAGAAAUAUGUUUGAUAUGUAUAUCCAGGAGUCUGUUAAUAGUUGGAAAACAGUCAAUCCGAUUCUUUGA